AUGAAUUUAAAGUUAAAAUGUUAACAAGAUGACCAUUAGGAUGAAAUAGACACGGUAUGUUACAAUUAGUUUUGUACAGAAUUCAGAUUAAAUUGUUUUAAAUGUAUGAAGAAGGCAAGAAUUCAUCAUGAUCAUUUUGAUGAUGUUGAAAAAAGCAAUACCUUGUUUGGAUUCAUUGAAAAUAAAAAUAAAGAAUGUGAUAAUUUGAUUGAUGAUCUGAAUACAUAUCUUGACAAUCUAAAUCAGUCAUUUACAUUAUUAAAAAGGGGAAUCAGAUAAAAAUAUUCAUUAUUAAAAGAAAGAUCUCUAUAAUUGAACUUAUCCUAAAUAAAUGAUUAUUUGAAUUCAUCCGUUAAAUUAAUGGAAUACAAAUAAUCAAUUACAACAAUCAUUUCUGAUUAGACUAACAAAUUAAUUCAUACAUUUAAUAACUUACAUCAAUAAUUAAAAUUAUCAUCAUUUAAUUAUUAUUAGAUUGAUGAUAAUUCUAUAAAAAUAUCCAAAGACUUAUAUGAUCAAGGUAAGUAUAUUAAUACAAUCCUUAGGUUAUCAUUUAUAUUGGAAAGAUAAAUUUGCUGAGGCAAUAAAUAUAUUGGAUACUUCAAUACAAUAAAAUCCAGAUAACCAUUUAUCUUUAUGGUGUAAAGGUAAAAAUGCUAGUGAAAUAAUAGGUGCGUGUUUAAGAUGGUUAAAUAAAUAUGAGGAUGCAAUCACUUGGCUGGACAAAGCAUUAGCUAUUGAUCCUAAGCAUGUUAGNAAAGAAAGAUACUUUAAUAUUUGGUGGAAUAUCUAAAAUAGAGUUAAGAUAUUUCUAAAAUAAAUAAUCUCUAUUAAUUAAUUUUUUAAAGUCUGGGAUUUACAUUAUUAAUUAUGCAAGAGGAUAAAGAAAGUUUUCAUUGGCUUUCGUGAGCAUCAUCAGAAUACAAAUAACUUUUGUAUUUUUAUGAAAGGUAGCACCUUAAUCACCAUUAUAAUUUCUAUACUAAAAUUAAAAAUUAUGUAAGCUCUAAACUUAAUGAAUGUGCUCACCUUCUUAAACUAUCACAUCAAUUAUUAUUAUAACGCUUUUCUCUAGAAUUAAUUGAUAGAUUUAAAUUAUGUAAUUUCAAUUUCUACUCUUUGCUAGGAUUUAAAAAAUGCAGAGUUUCUUUUUACUUUUAAGAAUAACAAAUUAGAUAUGUAAUUUUCUGAUUCAAAGUUGUAAAUUAAUUGA